AGAAAAUAAACAAUAGUUGAAACCCUACGCCACUCCUCCUAUCGUGGUGGUCGGAUCACGGUUUUCACUUUUAUUACGGCGAUUGAACAACCACUGCAUUCUUAUUGAUACAAAUUGCAUAUCCAGAAAGAAGGGACAAAUUGUGAUUGAAGGAUGGCGGAAGAAGCAGUGCUGGGCUUCCUCGAAAAGAAUGAGGAAAUCUCAGAUUCCGGCCAAUUCGCAGCCGAACAAGGAGUUGAUCACCAGGAGCUGACUAACGUUAUCAAGAGUCUUCAUGGUUUCAGACUUGUCGAGGCUCAGGAUAUUAAGCGGGAGAGAUGGGCACUUACUAAUGAAGGAAAGAUGUAUGCUUCAUCGGGCUCACCAGAAGUACAAGUCUUCUUGGCGAUACCCCCAGAGGGCAUCUCUCUAGAAGAAUUGCAGAAAAAAGUUGAUGCAUCAGUCUUUAAGAUAGGUCGCUCACAGGCGAUAAAGAACCAAUGGGUGGAGAUGGGAAAGCAAUUUGUUACUAGAAAGAUCCUCCAUGUCGAAGACAAAGUGAAAGAAUUACUAAUACUAGUACAGGAUGAGAAGGUGAUAGACCCAAAAGAUAUAGAUGCUCUAAAGAGAAGAAAGCUAAUUACUUCCCAGACUUGGAAGGGCUAUUCAUUACGGAAAGGUCCUUGUUAUGCUCCUAAAAGGAAGAAAUAUGCCACUGAUUUGACUCGAGAAAACUUGCAAAGGGGUGAGUGGAAGGAUCUUGAAUUCAAAGAAUAUAACUUCCUAGCAAAAGGUCAGCCUGUUGAUGGUGGCUGUUUACAUACAUUGCUCAAGGUACGUCAACAAUUCAAGAUGAUCUUUCUUCAGAUGGGGUUCGAGGAGAUGCCCACAAACAAUUUUGUUGAAAGCAGCUUCUGGAAUUUUGAUGCACUUUUUCAGCCACAACAGCAUCCUGCUCGUGAUUCUCACGACACAUUCUUCCUCCAAGUUCCUUCCACUACAAAGACACUACCAGAAGAUUAUGUUGAGAGGGUGAAGAACAUUCAUGAAUCUGGAGGACAUGGUUCAAGAGGUUAUGGAUAUGACUGGAAACGAGAGGAAGCAGACAAAAACCUUCUAAGAACUCAUACUACAGCUGUUUCAUCAAGGAUGCUUUACCAGCUUGCCAAGGAUGGAUUUGCUCCGAAAAAGUACUUUUCCAUAGACCGUGUUUUCAGAAAUGAAGCUGUUGAUCGAACUCAUCUUGCAGAGUUCCACCAGAUAGAAGGUCUUGUUUGUGGUCGAGGUCUUACCCUUGGUGAUUUGAUUGGAGUUUUCAACGACUUCUUUAGCCGUCUUGGUAUGAAGAAGCUGAAAUUUAAACCAGCUUAUAACCCAUAUACCGAACCAAGCAUGGAAAUCUUUGGUUAUCAUGAAGGCCUAAAGAAAUGGGUAGAAAUAGGAAAUUCCGGAAUGUUCCGACCUGAGAUGUUGCUGCCCAUGGGACUUCCUGAAGAUGUUCGCGUCAUAGCCUGGGGUCUUUCCCUAGAAAGACCAACCAUGAUCUUGUAUGGAGUUGAUAACAUUCGGGAUCUGUUUGGACACAAGGUUGAUCUAGGUCUUAUCAAGAGAAACCCACUUUGUAGAAUUGGAAUCGAAUAGAAUGUCAGCUGUGCCGUUUCCUGAGAUUUUUCCGAAUGCUCAAAGGAUAUUUGCUACACUUUCUUUUGUUAUGUUAACUAGUAAAUUAAACUUCUUGAUCAUUAAGUUAAUUAUUUUGCUUAU